GCAGCAUGGCGGCGGUUGGUGGCGGAGCGGAGAGUUGCUGCGCCUUCUCCCCGGGCUCAGGCCAGUGCCUGGCGGCGGCCGCAGCGGACGGUCGGAUUCGCGUGUGGAACACGCAGGGCGGCGGUCUUCGGCACGAGUACGUGCCUUCCUCGCACCUCAGCGCCACUUGCAGCUGCUUGUCGUGGGCUCCCCCGCGGCGAUUCCGUCAGGAAGGUCCUCAGAAGAAAAAGAGGCGAUCAGAAGAUGCAACAGAUUUGGAAGAAUUAGACCUGUUGGCUAUUGGUACAGCAGUUGGUAGCAUUUUGUUAUACAGCAUAGUAAAGGGAGAGCUACAGAGUAAACUGGGUGGUGGACAUGACAAUAAAGUAAAUUGUGUGCGGUGGCAUCAGGAAAGUGAUUGUCUCUAUAGCUGUUCAGAUGACAAGCACAUAGUGGAAUGGAGUGUACCGACAGGGAAAGUGAAAUGCAAAUGGAAAGCCGAGAAAGGCAGCAUCAGUUGUCUUUGUCUCAGCCCGGAUGGAAAGAUGUUGCUGUCAGCGGGUCGUGGCAUCAAGCUAUGGGAUCUGGAGACCAAAGAAGUAUACAGGAAAUUUACUGGCCACGCAACAACAGUCUCCUCACUUGCGUUUGCCACAAUACGACCACCUAGCGACAGUCAGCCAUUUGAUGGGAUAACGGGCUUGUAUUUCCUGUCUGGAGCUGUACAUGACCGGCUCCUUAAUGUUUGGCAGGUGCGAUCAGAUGGGAAAGAUAAAAAUGCUGUGCUCUCCUUCACGCUGUCAGAGGAACCCACAUACGUGGAUCUGACCAGUUCAGGAGACCGAGAAGAUCCAGUGAAGUUGGCGGUUGUUUGCCGGGAUGGACAGUUGCACCUGUUUGAACAUAUUUUAAACGGUUACUGCAAAAAGCCUCUCCUGCCAACAUGCACAGUACAGAUAGCAACUUCAGGAAGAGGCACUGAUACAAGACCUGUUCCUAUUCUGGCAGCCAUGUUCUGCACUGACCGGCAAUCAAUAUUGAUAGCAUACAACAGUGUUCUCCAACCAAUUAUAGAAAGAGUGACGUUAAACACCACCGAAUCCCACAUUUGUCUGGUAAGAGACAUACAAAUGACGGUGGCAAUCUCAACCGAAACAGCUGUAACAAAGGUUAAAACUCCAAUUGUAACUUCUGGAGUUGAGGUGUUAGCACCUGGUAUCCCUGGACAUAAUACAAGCAUCAAGCCUGCAUUGACCAAAUCAAGAAAAAGUGAAGAUAAGAGGAAGAAGGACACCGAAAAUGAGAGUAUUGAGGAACGUCUGUGUGCCAUGGAUAUUGAUGUGAUGAAAAUGAGAAGUAAAUCUGGCCUUCCACAGACUGACAGCUUUGCAGUGUUACUUGUACAAGGGCUGGAAAGUAGUGACUCAUCUAUUCUAAAUAAAGUACUGCAGACAAAGAAGGAUUCCUUGAUAAAGGCCACUAUUGCCAGGUUACCUGUUGCUGCAGUAGUUCCACUGCUUCAAGAGAUCACAAAGCGGUUACAAGGUCACCCAUCCAGUGCGUCACUAAUGGUCAAGUGGCUAAAAGCAGUCUUCGUUCUGCAUGCUUCCUAUCUAUCUACAUUGCCUGAUCUUGUACCACAGCUUGGAGUUUUGUACCAACUAAUGGAGAGCAGAGUGAAAACUCUGCAGAAGCUCUCUCGGCUUCAUGGCAAGCUUUUCCUCCUUGUUACACAGGUUGCAGCAUCAGAAAAAGCACAAGACAUAAGCAGCGUGAACCAAACUGCAAAGCUGGUUUAUGAGGAAGAAUCAUCAGAAGAAGAAAACUCUGAAGAUGACCUAAUGGCAGAUCAGGAAUCUGAUGAGAAUUGGGAGGACGAAGAGGAAGAGGAAGAGGAAAGAAUGGAUGACCCAAAAAUGCAUAUUGACAAACAAAUCAGUGAAGACUCUGGAGAGGACAUGCAUACAGGAAAUGAAAGUGAAGAGGAGUGAAACCAUUUUACAAAAACAAGAAUAUUGACUGCAUUCUCAGCAUAUUUGGGCCAACGAAUUUGUCCUGGGCAUCUGAAUUUAUUUUGCCACUCAGAAGCUUCCUUUAUUUUUUAGCUUGGAAAGCAAAUGACAGACUGCCAGUGUGUUAAGAACUGUUUGUGCACUUGGAAUUCCAAGAAAUAUUUGACAAUAUUGAUAGUGCACAGUUGACAAAAAUAUAUUUCUGCAACCAUGUUUCUAGUGCAGGUCGUUUUUGGACCACAUUUAUACAUGGAGUGAUUUACCACAGACAAAAAUGUGGUAGUAACUCGUGCUCACUUGGAAGGUGGACAGAUACUCAGCUAAUUCAUGGCUACUCCUGUUGCAUUUUUACCUGAUCUGGGGCAUAGUAUGGAUUUGAAAUGUACAUCAUCAUGGCAAUUUUCAAAGUUAUUUCGGUUUUGGCAAUUGACCAGCUAGUUCCUAUGUUUUCAGGUUAGUAUGUUGCAGUGUGUAGUCAUUGACGAGAUGACAGAAUUAUGUAUAUUUGUCUAUAAAUCAGUGGUUUCAGCAAUUAAUGCUGUGUUCUCCUUUGUAAAGCGAAUAAAUCGGAUUCUCCU